GACGUUCCCCCUCUAAAUUAUGGAAAUUUUGUGGAAGACGCUGACUUGGAUAUUGAGCCUAGCAAUGGCCGCUUCGGAAUCUCACAACUACCACACGCUCUCCCAUAAUUCUCAAGAGGAGUUCCUGUCUCGGCUGGAUCACUACCAGCUGACGGUCCCGGUGCGCGUCAGCGAGAGCGGCGAGUUCCUCAGCUACACUGUGAAGCAGCACCGGCCCGGGCGCCGGAGACGUGGCACAACGGAACCCUCCGCCGCCGCCACCACCACCACCACCACCACCACCACCACCAGUUCCGCAGCGGAACACAGCGCCGCCGGUGGCUCGGAACACGCCAAUGUCUACUACCGGCUGGCGGCGUACGGCAAGCACUUUCACCUGAACCUGACUCUGAACCCCCACCUGGUGUCGCGGGACUUCACGGUGGAGUACUGGGGCCGCGACGGGCAGGAGUGGCGGCAUGCGGCCGUGGAGAACUGCCACUACACGGGGCACCUACGGGACCAGUACAGCACCACCAGGGUGGCACUCAGCAACUGCAGGGGCCUGCAUGGUGUCAUCACAACAGAAGAGGAGCAGUAUUUAAUUGAGCCAUUACGGAGGACGUCCUCCACCAACUCCAGUGAAUUCAACCUUGAAGAAGGACAACCGCACGUUAUUUAUAAGAAGUCUUCCAUUCCCUCGCCACAGGAGCCCAGUGAAGAGUUCAGCUGUGGCGUUUCAGACCUCACAGGGAGCGGGACCCCCUGGCCCCACACCCACACCCCGACCCCGGCCGCCGCUAGCGACACCUCCCCUUCGCCGGAGCCCAGCAACAGUAGCAGUAGCGGUAGCAACAGUAGCGGUAGUAGUGGUAGCAACGGUAGCCGGCGGCCCAAACGCUCGGUCAGCUCGGAGCGCUUCGUGGAGACUCUGGUGGUGGCCGACAAGAUGAUGGUUGGUUACCACGGACGCAAGGACAUCGAGCACUACAUACUCUCCGUAAUGAAUAUUGUUGCCAAACUUUACCGUGAUGCCAGUCUUGGAAACGUUGUGAACAUUAUUGUAACGCGCUUGAUCAUCCUGACCGAGGACCAGCCAAACCUAGAGAUCAACCAUCAUGCGGACAAGUCUCUGGACAGCUUCUGUAAGUGGCAGAAGUCCAUUCUGUCCCACCAGGGAGACGGGAACAGCAUCCCAGAGAACGGCAUAGCUCACCACGACAACGCCGUGCUUAUCACCAGGUACGACAUCUGCACAUACAAGAACAAGCCCUGUGGAACCCUGGGUCUGGCGUCUGUGGCUGGUAUGUGUGAGCCAGAGAGGAGCUGCAGCAUCAACGAGGACAUCGGCCUGGGAUCCGCAUUCACCAUCGCCCACGAGAUCGGACACAAUUUCGGCAUGAACCACGACGGCAUCGGGAACGCGUGCGGCACCAAGGGCCACGAGGCGGCCAAGCUGAUGGCAGCACACAUCACCGCUAACACCAACCCCUUCACCUGGUCCGCAUGCAGCAAGGACUACAUCACCAGCUUCCUAGACUCAGGUCGGGGGACGUGUCUGGACAACGAGCCCCUGAAGCGCGACUUCCUGUACCCCAGCGUGACCCCGGGCCAGGUGUACGACGCCGACGAGCAGUGCAGAUUCCAGUACGGCGCCACCUCCAGGCAGUGCAAAUACGGGGAAGUGUGUAGAGAGCUGUGGUGUCUGAGCAGGAGUAACCGAUGUGUGACCAACAGCAUCCCGGCCGCCGAGGGCACGCUUUGCCAGACCGGCAGCAUCGACAAGGGGUGGUGCUACCAGGGGGACUGCGUUGCGUUCGGGACGUGGCCCUCCAGUGUGGACGGUGGCUGGGGCCCCUGGUCCAUGUGGGGCGAGUGCAGCCGGACCUGCGGCGGGGGGGUCUCCUCCUCCAUGCGCCUCUGUGACAGCCCAGCGCCUUCUGGAGGAGGGAAGUAUUGUCUGGGGGAGAGGAAACGCUAUCGAUCCUGUAACACUGACGCCUGUCCUGCGGGGUCCAGAGACUUCCGGGAGAAGCAGUGUGCCGACUUCGACAGCCUGCCCUUCCGCGGGAAGUACUACAACUGGAAACCAUACACUGGAGGUGGCGUGAAGCCGUGUGCCCUGAACUGCCUGGCGGAGGGCUACAACUUCUACACCGAGCGCUCGCCAGCCGUCAUCGACGGCACACGCUGCCAAGCCGACACCCUGGACAUCUGCAUCAACGGCGAAUGCAAGCAUGUGGGCUGUGACAACAUCCUGGGCUCGGACGCUAAGGAGGACCGGUGUCGCGUGUGUGGAGGAGACGGCAGCACGUGCGAGAUGACAGAGGGGCUGUUCAACAACUCACUCCCUCGCGGCGGCUACAUGGAGGUCGUCCAGAUCCCCAAGGGCUCCGUUCACAUCGAAAUCAAGGAAGUGGCCAUUUCAAAAAACUACAUCGCUCUGAAGUCUGAGGGGGAUGACUACUACAUCAACGGCGCCUGGACCAUCGACUGGCCUCGCAAGUUCGACAUCGCGGGCACGGCGUUCCACUACCGGCGGCCCGCUGACGAGCCAGAAUCCCUCGAGGCCCUCGGCGCCACCACCGAGAACCUGGUCGUCAUGGUGCUUCUUCAGGAGCAGAAUCUGGGUAUCCACUACCGCUUCAACGUGCCCAUCCAGCGCACGGGCAGCGGAGACAACGAGGUCGGCUUCUCCUGGCACCUGCAGCCCUGGUCCGAGUGCUCUGCCACCUGCGCCGGAGGCGUCCAGAAGCAGGAGGUGGUGUGCAAGAGGCUGGACGACGGCUCAGUGGUGCAGAACAGCUACUGUGACCCAGACAGCAAGGCACCGGAGAAGCAGAGACCCUGCAACACAGAACCCUGCCCACCAGAGUGGUUCAUUGGGGACUGGUCCGAGUGCACCAAGACGUGUGACGGCGGGAGUCGCUCGCGGACGGUCGUCUGCAUCCGCCGGAUUGGUCCAUCGGAGGAGGAGACCCUGGAGGACAGCCUCUGCCUCACCCACCGGCCAAUCGAACGCGAGUCCUGCAACAACCAGUCUUGCCCACCUCAGUGGGUGGCCUUGGAUUGGUCGGAGUGCACCCCUAAGUGUGGGCCUGGUUUUAAGCACCGCAUCGUGCUGUGUAAGAGCGGUGACCUGGCCAAGACGUUUCCCCCGGCGAUGUGCAUGGAGCAGAGCAAGCCGCCCGUACGCAUGAGGUGCAGUCUGGGAAGGUGCCCGCCCCCGCGCUGGAUACCUGGGGAGUGGGGACAGUGUUCGGCCCAGUGUGGGCUGGGGCAGCAGAUGCGCGUGGUGCAGUGCCUGACGUACACGGGCCAGCUGUCCAGCGAGUGUCCCGACAACACGCGGCCAAACACCAUGCAGCAGUGUGAGAGCAAAUGUGACGCCACCCCCAUCGCCAACGGCGACGAGUGUAAGGACGUAAACAAGGUGGCCUACUGCCCACUGGUGCUCAAGUUCAAGUUCUGCAGCCGUGCGUACUUCAGGCAGAUGUGCUGCAAGACCUGCCAAGGACACUGACCUGCCUGCUCCCUGCGCAAGACGAGAGACGAGGAGACGAGAGGAGAGGAGAGAGA